AUGGAGAGGCCGGUGCCCCUUAGAAAGGGUGCCGUCGUCUCUAUGUCACCAUCUGUAGCCAAUCUUCUCGCCGCACAAAGGACAAUGCUGGAGAUGGAGCCGGAGAAGAAGGAGAAGACACGAUUUUUCAAGACACCGCGUCUUGGCUCACGGCGAGUUCGAAAUCGCCUAGUACAGAAGACGGGUAUUUGCAACAUUUCACUAAAAAAUGUGCCCAAACAGCGACGGAAAUACUUCAGUGACAUCUUUACGACGGUGAUCGAGAUGAAAUGGCGCUGGUGUCUUUUGUAUUUCUCUUUGAAUUUCGUUCUCUCUUGGACCUUUUUCGCAGUCAUUUAUUACAGCAUUUCCGUUUCGCACGGGGAUUUGGAGUCGUGGAAUCUGAGAGCCGCAAACUGGACUCCGUGCGUGCAAAACGCUGACUCUGAGCUCAAUUUUUAUCUUUUUUCUUUUGCCACACAAACGACGAUCGGAUAUGGAUAUCGUUACCCAACCGAUCAAUGUCCCCUAGUGGUGUUGGCGAUGUCCGUGCAAUUCAUGUGGGGCAUUUUGUCACAGACUCUGAUGGCUGGUGUGAUCUUCUCAAAACUGGCUCGACCCAUCAAACGAGCGGCUACAUUGAUCUUCAGUAAAAACGCUGUGAUCUGUAUGAGAGACGGGAAAUUGUGUCUACUUUUUCGAGUAGGCGAUAUGAGAAAGAGCUCACUGGCUGAGGCACAUGUGAGAUUACAGAUGAUUAAAAGAUGUAUCACGUAUGAGGGAGAGCUUUUGCCAUUUCAUCAAUUUGAUAUGGAUGUCGGUUACGACGAGGGUCUUGACCGAGUUUUCGUCAUUUGGCCGAUCACAAUUUGUCACGAGAUUGACGAGAAUUCUCCGUUGUACGAUGUGAGCAAGGAGAGUCUAGCGACCGCGAAAUUUGAGAUUAUCGCGAUUCUCGAAGGAGUUGUGGAAAGUGUUGGCUCAACAACGCAAGCCCGAACCUCGUAUCUACCAAACGAGAUUCUCUGGGGGAAACGAUUCGAAAAACUUGUGCACUACAAGAAAGAAAAUGGUCAAUACCAUAUUGAUUUUCAAAAAUUCCAUAACGUUUACGAUGUGAAAACGCCGCCUUGUUCGGCAAAGGAGUUGGAUGAGAUGAGGAAUGCCGGAACGUUCAACGAGAAAGAGUAUCAAAUCUAUCAUCAUGACAGUCAAAAUGCCUUGAAUAUUGAUGCAAUCGAUGAUAUUCCGGAGGUCACUCUCACAAAUGACAUAUCCGUCGUGCCGCAGAUCACGACAAAUCCCCAUGUGGUUCUAAGAAUGGAAUCUGAUGAUGAGAAUAGUGGAGAAGAGUGCGGUGGAUUGGAAUUGGUGGAGUGCGGUGGAACGACUCGACACAAGCGAUCGAUUCGCUCAAUCUCGCCCACAUCCACCGAGCUGAUCCCCUUGCAAAAGAAGAUGUCCAUGAUGGGUUCAAAGAUGUUCUCCACAUCGGACUCUCAUCAUCUCCUUCUCUGGCAACCAUUGAGAGAUCGAAGGGAAAGCUCGCCGAUGAUAUUG